CCUGAGGAAGGUGCCUCCUUCUCAAAGGCCCCACCGCCCUCCACUUCCUGGGGAGGCAACAGCAGAACAGAGCGGCGGAGCCUCUGUCUUGUCCUCAUCCCAGUUUUUGUCUACAGCCUUAAGCUCUGCCUUUCAUCCUCCUCCUGGGGAAGGAACAAUGCAGUGGAAGGUGCUGGUCUUCACUGCCAGCUUGCAGGCUCGACUCCCAGUUGCAGAUGCCCAGAGCUUCGGCCUGCUGGAUCCCAGACUCUGCUACCUGCUGGAUGGUAUCCUCUUCAUCUAUGGGGUCAUUGUCACGGCCCUUUUCCUGAGAGCAAAAUUCAGCCGGAGUGUGGAUGUCCCUGGCUAUCAGCAGGGCCAGGGCCAGGGCCAGCUCUACAAUGAGCUCAACGUGGGCCGGAAAGAGGAAUAUGGUGUACUGGAUCAUCGACGUGCCCGGGACCCUGAGAUGGGUGGCAAGCAGAGGAGGAAGAACCCCCACGAGGGCGUGUACAACGCCCUGCAGAAGGAUAGGAUGGCUGAGGCAUACAGUGAGAUUGGAAUGAAAGGCGAGAACCAGCGUCGAAGAGGAAAGAACCAUGAUGGCCUUUACCAGGGGCUCAGCACAGCUACCAAGGACACCUAUGAUGCUCUCCACAUGGAGGCCCUGCCCCCUCGCUAGGACCUGCCUCCCCAGACCAGACCUGCAGACCCCAGAUUGUCAGAUGCUGGAUGAACAUUCACAGCCAGCAGCUCACUUCUAUCUCAACAUUCCUCUCUGUGAGCAGGAGGCUCCAUGUUCUAACAUUUGGUCACAUUCAGUUCCACACCCACAGUCUUGUCCUCCUAGACAAGGAGGGGGUAGGGAGGGGGUCCCAGGCCUAUGUCCCUGUCACUGGGAGUCCAGUCCUUUGGGGCUAUGCAAGCACAGCUUGCUCCAGGGGCUCUGGCUGCUGGAAGCUGUGAGCUCACCUCAGGGGUAGGUACAGUCACUGUCACAGCCAGAUGUGGGGUCUGUGAUUUGAAUGUUUGCUCUUGUCCUAUGACUUGCUUCUCUGUUACUAUCUGGGGGGUUUUGCUCCUGCUAUAAAUCUGGCUCUUGUGUUCAACCUUCCCUUCUUUUCAAGGCAACUUGGCACUGGGUCACAGCAGCCCUAGUGCCACUGUAAGGGCCGAGUGAGACAAGGUAAUAAGCACCUAGGCUAGCAUGGCGACAGUGGGUUGUGAGAGUGGAUUGGACCUAGGAGCCACCAUGGAGACUCAAUUCAAGCCCUGUGAGACAGGAAGGUCCCCACACUCUUUGUUCCCCUUGUGGAGUGUCAGAUGCCACAGGACUCCAAAGACCAGCAAGCCUGUGAGUGCCCUGCUCACAGUCCAGGAAGGAAGUGAGCUGUGAUCAGCUGAUCUCAAGACCGGUAUCAUCAGUGUUAUUACCCACUGUGACGUAUCAGGGGGCUGGGGUGGGGGUGUUCACCUCACUGACAAGGGAUACAGCACUCCCCUGGAAGACCUCACAGUUGACCAGCACCCUCCUCUAGCUCUAAAAAAGAUCCCGAGUGAAAAGGGGGUGCAGUGCCCCCCCUGGGAUGACUGCCUGGUAGUGCAGCCAACAUGUAUGGGACCAUGGGGAGAGCACCCUCUAUGCUUGGGACCCACCACCUUUCUGCUGUGUUUAACUUACAGUGUGCUAGUGCCUAACUGAGUAAUAAAUGCUUCA